UUAUGUGUUUGUGAGUAUCGAUAAGACCGGGUCUGGCCCAGAUGUUAUUAUGAACUUUAUAUCCGCAGUGCAUAGUGUCAGCCGGAGGAGGAUAACGUCUUCGUAAUGAUCAAGCUACUGCUCCUCGCAGCUGUAUUUGCUGCGGCCCAGGGCCGAGUCGUUGAGAACUGCGAUGGUGUGAUAGUGCACAAUAUAAAACACGACCAGGAAGUGCUCCACAAGUUCGACAGCCCCUACCAGCUGGCUAUAGACUACGACACCAACACUCUCUUCUUCAGCUACAGCACAAAUUCUGACGACGAAGUCUUCAAAUCCGCUUACAUCAACCUAAAAACGAACGAAGUGGGUAUCAUUCCUGGAAUCGCUGGAGGUUUCGCCAACGCUGUUGAUUCUCAAAAGCAUAAAGUAUAUUUAGGAGGUAGAGACGGAGUGUAUAAUUUCAAUUUUGACUCCAAAAAAGCUGAGCAUAUUGAUGGAGCGAAUCACAAUAUAUGGCAACUUUUCUACAAGGACGAUCUCUACUACACCAGUUAUCCCGAUGAAGUAGCUUAUGUGUACAAGAAUGGAGUAUCUCAGCGUGUACCAGAGCUAACUGAUACACAAGCUAUGCUGAUAGCUAUUGAUAACGAUAAGAACAUCUACUUCUCGAAUUCCUCAGGACUAUUCUUGCACAAGAAAUCUAAACAAUAUACCGUGAACGUAGGUGAUUACAACCUAAAUAGUUUUACAGCCGACAGCAACGGUAACCUAUACUUCUCGACAGCAGAAGGUAUCUACAAUAUCAAAGAUGAUAAGAAGGUUGAGAAAUUAACGAGCAUCGAUAAUAUUUAUGGGGUUGCAGUCGAAGCAGAUGGAAAUAUAAUAUACGCGUCACAGAGUGCGCUAAUCAGGCUUAAACCGACUAAACAAUAUUGCUUCAAAGAUGAAAAGAUUUUGUAAGAUGGUAAAAAUAAUGAAGAGUCCAAAUUAGAUGUUUCCAAAAAUUAAAAACAUUUAAUGUUCGCUUACAUUUUAUAUUGACACUUAAUGUAAAUA